GUGACCCGCUGUACUGGUGUGUGCGGGGAGGGGGAUACUGGCUCGGCUGCGGCAGCAUGGGGGGGAUGCUGGCGCUGCCCCCGGCGCAGGGACCCCACCAGGUGGGCUGCACGGAUGUCAUGGUGGGCCACACGCGGCAGGGGCUCUUCCUCCGCCUCUUCUACCCGUGCCUGCCCCGGGCCGGGGCCACGGAGCCGCUCUGGGUCCCACGCCCCGAGUACUGCGGGGGCCUGGCCGAUGUCACACUCGGCCGCCGCUGGUGCUCCGCCCUGAUCGGCAUCGCCAUCGGCUCCUGCAAAGUCCCGGUCAGCUGGAAUGGGCCCCUCAAGCCCCACAGCGGUGGGUACCCCCUGAUCAUCUUCUCCCACGGCCUGGGAGCCUUUCGGACCUUGUACUCUUCAAUCUGCACAGAGCUGGCGUCCUGGGGCUUCGUGGUGGCAGCGCUGGAGCACAGGGACCAUUCUGCUGCCACCACCUAUUUCUGUUCGGCAGAGGCUGGGACGGAGGAGUGGAUCCCCUUCCGACGGGUGCCCCAAGGGCAGAAGGAGUUUUAUUUCCGAAACAAGCAGGUUCACCAGAGAGCGCAGGAGUGCGUGCGGGCGCUGCGACUCUUCCAGGGCAUCACCGGUGGCAGAUCUGUCCCCAACGUCCUCCACCAGGACUGGGAUCUCUCCAUGCUGAAGGACAACCUUGAUCUGACCAAAGUGGCCGUCAUGGGCCAUUCCUUCGGGGGGGUGACAGCCGUGCUGGCCUUGGUGAAGGAGCCCAGCUUCGGGUGUGCUGUGGCUCUGGAUGCCUGGAUGUUCCCUCUGGAGAACCUGCUGUACCCGGAGGUGCCCAAGCCUGUACUCUUCAUCAACACCGAGAAGUUCCAGACUCCGAAGAGCGUUGCCAAAAUGAAGAGGUUGAGCUCCAGAAACAGCCAGAUGAGGAUUGUGACUGUGCUGGGAACGGUGCACGAGGACCAGACCGACUUUGCCUUCCUCCCUGGGAAGCUCUUCAGCCUCAUCUUCAGCAGGAGGGGGACUCUGGACCCCCACAAGGCUCUGGCCAUCACCAGCCGGGCGGCUCUGGCCUUCCUGCAGAAGCACCUCAAGCUGCAGGAGCAGUUUGGACAGUGGGACGAGCUCCUGGAAGGUGUUGGGGACUCGGUGGCUCCAGACGCGCCGUUCGGCCGCUCACACCUGUAGCUGCUCCAAGGGCACUGCUGGGAGCUGGGCACUGGGAAAGUGACUCCUUCUUGCCCGGGAUGGAGGAGCCAGGAAGGGCAGGAGGACCUGGGGACAGUGCUCGUGGUGCCUGAGGUGCUCUGGGAAUGUGCCAGCAGAGCCCUCCCUGCUCAUGUGCCUGUGCUGAGGGCUGUGGGGCUGAGGGAAUAAAAUCCCCAGGGAUAAAG